AUGGGCACCUUCCAGGGACACCUGCUGGCGGGGAUAUUCUUCUUCAUCUUCUGCCUCUACUACUCAGUGAUGGUGUCCUUUGCCCUGCUGCGGGGACAGAGGUCUCUCAGCUCCCCUUUGCCCCCAAGGGAGAAGCAAGGACACAGGUGGUGGCAGCUGGUACCUGUGCAAGGGACGAUGAAGUUGGUCAUCUCCCUGGGUGGCAUCAUUCCUGAGUUCUUCUACCCCCCAGGAGUAAACCGGAUGAGGAUAGUAGACUGGGAGGACCCUCGGCGGCCAUUCUUGUUCUAUGACAACUGGGAUCAUGUCACCAUGUAUGGGUUUUUCAUGCUCAGCGGCGUGGUGGACAUUGUGAACCAGUCAUGUCAAGCAUGGCAGAACGUCAAGCUGGAGCGAGCAGCUGAGGCCCUGGCCUUCUGGGUGCUGACACUGCUGAUGGUUGCCCACCUGGAGAACAAGGGCACCUUGGAGAUCCGCGUGCAUGGGCUGUUCGUAGCACUCACUUUCCUGGUUAGCCUGGUGCUCACCAUAGAGGUCUGGGUCCCUGACCAGCCCGCGCUGUGGGUGCUCAAGACCUGGAUGGGGCUGGUGCUCAGCAACUGGAUGCUGCAGCUCUCCGUGCUAAUGUACGCUCCUCCCUCAGGAAAGCCCUGGAGAGCAGAAAACCCUGGGGACCUCGCCUUCCUCACCAUCUUCUUCUGCUGGCACCUGGGCUUGGGAGCGGCCAUGCUGGCCGCUGUCUAUGGUCUCUGCAGCCUCUGGCACCAUCGCUUCUCCUCCUGGAGGGAGGUCCCAGGUGCCAAGUACCAGCUAUGUCCCAGAGGCUACGGCAACGAAGAGCUGGAGAAGCUGGGGACAGAGGCCAUGCUUCAGGAUGGGGGCAUCUAG